AUGGCUUUGCAAGAUGUAUGCGGCUUGCACAACCCCCCUCUGUUCCCUCAAUGGAGUGCUCCACUCUCACGGUCCUUUAUGCCGGAAGAUUCCACUCAUCUGUCCGGAGGGGGGAUUCACGGAGAAGCUUUUUCUACAAGGCUGCCUGGGAGGGGCGGCUUGAGUCCUCUGGAGUUUUACAUGCCGAUAGCUGAAUACCUCACAGAGAGCCCAAUAAACUUUGGCCAAACUAGCCUCAGUUCAGCUCCGACGAAGUUACUGGAAAUAGACCACCUACACCCCUCUCUGCCGUCCAUCUCCGCCGCAGCCGACACACGCUCCAGCUGCUCGGGGCUGGUGGCCUGUCCCGCGUCCCCGAAGGUCUUACCUAUCCACUCUCACCUGGUCGGCACCACCUCGGGGACAUCGGCUGACUGUGCACUCUGGAAGCGCAUUUUGGCUCGGGAGCUCAGGCUGUACAAGCUUCGACACCACCGCAGGCUGUCAACAGGGGGAGCUGCCAAACUGCUGUCCCACAUGCUGCAUCCAUUCAAAGGCACGGAGCUGUGCGUCGCAGCCACACUGUGUGGAUGGGAUGGGGACGACGAAAAACACGAGCAACCAAUUACAGAGAAACAUGCAAAUACUCCAACCAAUCAAAUGACAGCCAGCAAUUCAAGCGUCGUCAGAAGUCGUUCGAGAAUAUGCGGCCCACGGGUUAUUUAUGUGUGCAGUGACGGUCUGCGCCUGCAGGGGGAGCUGUUCUCUGUGGGCUCGGGGUCUCCCUAUGCAUACUCGAUCCUGGACAGCAGUGUUUACUGGGGAAUGAGCGUACAGGAGGCCACUGAGGUCGCAAGGGAGGCCGUGUACCGCGCUACCUACAGAGACGCGUACUCGGGCAAUAAUGUCGAUCUCUACCAUGUGACCGCCAAAGGGUGGAGGCGCAGAGAGAGGGAAAACUUGAAAGAGGAGUAUUACAGGGAGAAAGAGAGGGAGAGAGCGAGGGUGGCGGAGAGAAAUGCUGAAAAGAAAGCUAUUUUGAAGUCUGAUGAUGGAGAAAUAGUUUGA